AUGGCUGGUGACUUCGACUACGAGGUAUCUCGGAAAAUAUGGGAAGCUGCGGUACCGAUAGAAUUCCAAGUGGAACGUGAAGAUGACUCUGGUGACGCUUGUCGACCAUCUUACGCCAUGCUUCCACGCUGCAGUUACUUCCCUCUUCAUCUCAGCAGGAUAUUGGAACAAGUAAGAGCACGGGAGGAAAGUGUAAAACUGGACACAGAAAAGGUCUGGUUGGAAUGCAAUGGCAUGCCCUUGAAGACCUAUUAUCCUGUCGGUGUUCUGUUUGAUUUGCACCAGUCUUCUGAUUCACCUACGGUGACUGUGAUAAUAAAAACUACACCCCGUCCAGAAGGAGUGUCUACAGUGACGAAGGAUGUGAUGGAAGCGAUGUUUAUACAAUCUUUAAAAGAAGCCAAUUAUCUAAAACGUCGAAAGGAUCAGGUAGUCAGCACCAUGAAAAUUGACGAACAUAAACAGCUCUGGUCAGGACUCGUUCACGAUCGCUUUGAUGAAUUCUGGAGUAUUAACCGACGUCUCAUGGAGAGCACUGAAGAGCGACCUUUUCAUGACAUUCCCAUUCGCCUCUACAUCAAUGGGCAACCUUUCCGCCAAAUCCCGCAACCGCCGUUUGACGAAAAUGGCGAGCCUCGAACAUUAUCACAUGCCCUAACCUCACUUUCUCCUGAUCUCGUGGAAAACGGAAAGUACCGGUUCAUAUCGCAUGGUAUCACGCUCCCAUUGGAAACGCCUCUCAUUUAUUUGGGAAAAAAUCUAGCUUAUCCGGAUAAUUUCGUGCAUAUAUGUGCUGUUAUGGACAACAGUGCUUGA